AUUAGGUGUAGAUUUUAAUAAAGAAAACUGACAAUAAAACUCUGAACUUUUAAAUUAAAGCCAAAAAUCUUUAACUCGUGUUUGAACAAAAAAAUACCUCAAUUUUUAAAUGUUGGUCAUUUUAACACUCAUUUUUUAUUGAUUCGGCCAAUUUAGAAACUCGGAAAGUCAACUAUUAAACCGUAAACGACGUUUGUUAAUUUACUAAACGACAUCGUUUUAAAUACUACUUAAAAAAUUUUCUUCUAUAUUGGUACCAUUAUUCUCAGCCUCAUUAUCAUUUUCAUUAGUCUUACUAUCAUCUUCAUUAUCACCUUCUUCUCCUACUUGAUUUUGUUGUUCAAUCGUAGAUUCUUUAACACGUUUCCCUUAAGAUCUCUCAUUACGACGAACCCGAAGUAACCUCAUCAUCCUAACCAUUUUUUGCAUUAUCAAUUACUCUGGAUUUUUGGAAAUUAGAAGAUUGAGAUAUUAGAGAAUUAGAAAAUUUUGAUUUUGCGAAAGAAAGGAUGAUUUAAAUGUUUACGGAUGUAAAACGAUAUUAUUUUAUUAAUAUUUAAUCAAUUUUUAAACGUCGUUUAGCGAAUUAACAGACGUCUACAGAUUUAACAGUUGACUUUUUAGGUUUCUAAAAUUGCCUAGUCAACAAAAAAUGAGAAUUAAAAUGACCAAUGUUAGAAAAUUAAAGAUUUUUUUGGUUCAAACAUGAAUUCAAGAUUUUUUUGGCUUUAAUUUAAAAGUUCAAGGUUUUUAUGGUUGUUUUCUCUUUUAGUAAAAUAAUCUAGUGUGAUAUAAGUUGAAUAGUCAGAUGAGAAUACUAAUAAUUAUGUAAAAAAUUUGGUUCUAUAAUUUCCUUGUAAUAGUUUCUGUAUACUUUAAUAGAUAAAAUUAUAGUUAAAAAUCAUUUUAUUGAAAAUCUUUUGGACUGUAUAUCUAUAUGUAAAAGUAUAGGGUUGAAAUUAGGAGAAACCCAAAAAUGUAACCUGAGAUGUAAAUAUAUCGUUUGUUUAAAAGGAAUCUGGGUUAGCGUUUUCUUGGCGGAUUCCUUUCAAACAAUUAAUAGGAAAAAUAAUGAAACCGCGUCAGAGUGGGGUCGAGACACUAUACCGAACCGUCGCCGCGUAUUUUUGACUGCGGCAAAACCGCAAAAAGUCAGCUUGAAACGUAAGCGUUACUUUAAGCAUCUUUAUCGAUGGAUGGACCAAUUUCAUCGACUUUUAGGACUUGCUUUUAAGACAUUUCUGGACUUUAAAUCUGUAACCGUAACGUAUGGAUUUUUGUUUAGACGUAACAAAGCACAUAGUCCUCGGUAUAUUAUCCAAAACCCGAAAAAAGAAUUGAAAAAUCGAGACCGAUUUAUCAGCUAACAAAUUAUGUAUCAAACAAUUUAUAAAUUGAUAAAAUCAUUUAUCAGCUAAAAAACUAUGUAUCAAUUAACGACAAGAAUUUUGUAACAUUUUAUAAUUUAGCGGUUCAUUGUUGUAACACCUAACAUAACAUACAUAUUUGAAAGAGUGGAAAAAUAAGAACCGAUAAAAUUGAAGAUCCAAUAUAACAUUAUUAUUUUGGAUAAGUGAGUAAAUAUUGCCCAUCAUAAGUGUUAACAAAAUAAAAAUAUCAGUUAACAUAAACAAAAAUAUAGAAGAUCAGCUGGAACAUUUUUGUUAUUGGGAACUGAAAAUGAAAAAGGAUUUGGAAUUGAAUUAUGCAGUAUCGGUGAGAGAUAAUUAAGAUUGUACCUUGUAUUUAUAUUUAACCACCAACUGAGGAAAUCAACAUUGCCGGCACCGGAUUCGUAAGGAGAUUUAAAGCCAUAUAUGAAAUAUCUGGUAAAAAUUAAAAAUGUGUUGGAUGUGGAAUCAUAUAGGUUUGUAUAAUAAUUAGAGACUAAAGUUAAAAACAAAGAAUAUGUUUCUUAAGGGAAGGUAGAUGAAAGAAAAGCAAGAGAAAAAAUGACAAAAGGUAAAAGAGAAUAUGAGAGAGACAACUAAGAGGGCCACUUGUCUAACGCGUGCAGAAGCCUAUGGAGUAGAGUUCCAUAAAAUUUAGGGACAAUUCCAGAAUAUAAAAUAGAUGAGAAAAGUGAAGGGUAGUUUGCCAAUAUAGAAUGGUUCUACGGCUAUGCACACCAAUUUUCUCUUCUUUUUUCCAUAUGUUUUACUAUGUCUUAAAUAACAACCACCACUAUAAGAGAUGGACGAAUAACAAAGAAAACAUAAUAAAAUUUCAAUCUUAGACAAUUCUUCAAAAUAUAAGAGAUUCUUAAAACAUAAAUGUGGGUAUAGCAAAUACAUGCAAAAUGUAAUAAUCAUGGUAGAAAUUUCAUCAAAAUAAAAUCUAGAUGACAUUUAUAGAAAAGGAUCAGACAUUAUACACAAUCGUAUUCAAUCAUAAAUGGAACGUAUAACAAAGUUAAAUUACUAAUGUUGAUCUAAUAGAAAUUGCUAAAAAAAUCGUCUGAUUGAGGACUAUAAAUUUGAUUGUGAUCUGUUUUACGAAUUUUCUAACUAUGAAAACUGAAAAUUUAAUAAAACAUAUUUAAAUAUCUUAGAAAACUUAUAAAAUUGUAUUUUUCAUUAUUAAUAUGUAUUUAAUUUAAACAUAUAUCGGGUGUGGCUGGUAGCGGAUGUAUGUGCUGUCAACAUCCUCAUUUAUUUCUACAGCACUAAAUUCACAACAAUCAAGUUUUAAUAAAAAAAAAUUCAAAAUCAAACCUCUUGAAAUAACCUACAGCUGUAUAAGUGUUCUGUAGAGCCAAAAAUUCAGAGCAAUUUUUUUUGGAGCUUUCCAUAAAAUUUUACAGCAAUAAAAUCUAAAACCACCGCAAAAAAUCUAAAGAUCUUUUUCUACAGCAAAUUUUUCAAAGCUACAGCCAAUACCAAUUGGACCCAACAUCUCAAGCAUAAAUCAUUUCAAUUUUAAAUGAUUUCUUAAUUUUAGUUUUAAGUAAAAUUAGGAUAAAAAUAUCUUAUCACAUGUAAGAAAGUAUAGUUUAAAAAAAAAGAGAUUUUUUUUCAAAUUAUAAAUCAGAAAUAGUAUAUUUUCAAAUUAUACCUAUAUUUUUAGGAUAAUGUCAUUAAUUUCUAGUUUAGAUUCACUAAAGCGAUGUGUUUAUCUAUCUAUCUAUCUAUAUAUAUAAAAUCAUGUUUUCUUCUCUCACGUUCGUCCACAUCACCCUCCACGUAUGAAAGUCGAGCGUCCUCCAGCCGCCACGCGUCCGCUCCUGCUAAACGCUUCAUUUUCAUUAACUCUAUUCGUUAGUGGGCUUCGUUUGUGUGUUCUUUAUCUGGGCUUCGGGCUGCUGAGUUUGUUCCUUAGCCAGCCCGAUAUAACAUAAGUCGUCUCUAACCCUAAUGUUCUCCGGAGUCCGGACAAGAAAACCAAAGUCGCAUCCCCCAUCCUUUGACGGCGAGUCGAUGUGGUUUCAGCUUUCACUCACCAUACGAAACGCUCCGAGUUAAGAGUUCGUGUUUAAUCCACUCAAUUCGCCCCCCCCCCAUUAUGUGUAUUCAAUGUGUAUUCAAAGCAUUCUUCAAGCUCAGAGGUGGUGUGGUUUAUGUAUAAAAAGAUGUGGUUCAUCACUUUCUUACUCACAGUCUUAUCAAGCAAAUAACUUUUGCAGAGCAGAGGCAAGCAGUGCUUCUAUUACAAGUUUCAGGAGGAAUUGUUAAAUCCAAGAGAAGCAAGCAUGAAGAAGCUGGAAGCAGUAAAAACUUAAUAGAGAAGUGUGAUGAUAAAUAUACCAAUAAGGACAAUACAAAGCCUCCUGAGCCAGCCAAAGAUUACAUUCAUGUUAGAGCUAGAAGGGGUAAGAAGAGAAAAGAUCAGCGAGAUGCUGACUUUACUUCAGGAUCUGGUUCGUGGUUCCAGCCGGAUAACAGGGAAAGCAGUUUCACUUGAUAAAAUCAUAAACUAUGUGCAGUCCUUAGAGAGACAAGUUGAGCUAUUGUACAUGAAGCUGGCUACAAUAAAUCCAAGGAUGAAGUCUAACCGUAAUGCUGCUUUAUCCAUAAAGGUAAAAGAAAAUAUGAUUUACGCAAUUGCUUGCUCAGAGCAAAGACUUCCGUUAGGAUACUAUUCUCUUGCCCAGAACAUGCCUAGAUUCUCAGACACGUAAUUCCUCUCGAACUAUGGAUUUGUUCAAACUAAGAUAUGGAUAGUGGGAAAAUGAUAUACAAAGUAUUGUUCAUAUGGGUUUUGGAAAUGUCCAGCAACAAAGCAACAACAACAGUUGUAACAGAAGAUUUAGAACCAUAAUCUCUAAUGAGAAAAUUUAGAACCAGUAUACAUGCUGUUAAUCUCUUUUAUGUUAUCUGGUUCUGAACCAACGCUACAAAUGAAGCUUGAGCCAUGGUAAGAAGUCUUCCAAAUUUUAUACACUCUUCGUCAAACUCUGUUGUUGCCGUAAUACAAAGGGCCUUUAAUAUAAUAAGAUAACAAAACUCGGCUACUUGAAAGUUAAUACUUGAUGGCCCACUUUCAAAGCCAGCCAAUUACGCUUUCUCAUACUAAUCACAUAAUCUCAAGAAUAAUAUGAACAAAGUGUCUCCUUUCAAGACCAAAAUUCCGCUCUCAUUUGACAUCUAAUGGACUGACACGAAAUAAAUGUAAAUUGUGAAUGAUGUUGCUUUGAUAGUAUAAUUGUGUUAUAUGUUUUUCUUAAACAAAAACUUAGUUCAGAAAUGGAAACGUCAUAGAAAAAUAGUCAAAUGUGCAUGCUAAAUAUAUAAAGAGGUAAUUUAAGAAAUUAAAUGUUAUAAAGUAUACAUAGAUGAUAGUAUAGAAAAAUUAAAAGAGAACUUUAUAAUUUACUUGGUUCUGCGUACAUAGAAGUUCCAAGAUAGACCCCUGUCCAAGAUUUUGUUUAAACAUACGAUUAAAUUUUAACCAAUGUGUUUUUCUUUACUUUUAUUUUAAUUGUAAAAUAGAGAAUUUAAAAUAUCGUAAAACCAUUCAGUUUAUUUCAGAUCGAUGACUGUAAAAGUCAGUAUAUGAGAGAUUAAAGAAUUAGUAUUAGGAAAAAAAAACAAUUUUGACAAUGAAACAAAACCGCAACAAGGACUAAUACAUCUUCACAUAUUCAAAUAACAACUGUGGUAAAAGUAAUCUCUAUGCAAUAAUUUUGCUAUGGACAGGAGAAUAUAAAGAAUGCAUCAAAUGUAUGUAUUUGCCAUGAACGGCAAACCGACAUGUCUUGAGCUGACAAAUGCUGGAAAUAAAUCAAAAUUUCCUUACGUGAUGUUUCUAUAUUGAAAAGAAGUGUUAUGGAACUAAAAUGAUCUUUAUAAUUUCAAGUUCAAUGUUUUCUUAUUUCGGUUAACUUUGCUUUACUACCUUCUUUGCAUUCAAUAUAACAUUCUAUUUUUAAUAAGAAAUGCAACUUCAAAUAAUCACUACUUCCACUCCGAUAGCAUGUUGAAAGACUAUGAUUUCAACAUAAAAAGUAAUUACUCUUAUUACAUAUACAAAAUAAUUACCCACAACCCAAUAUUUUCAAACCCGAGAUAUUACAAACCACAAAUAACACAAUGAAUAUGAGAUCAAAUUUUUGUAAAAGGAAACAACAUGAAAACCAUUUAAAGCCCUCACAGCAUAUCAAUGGCACAAAUUUUUAAUAUAGAAACAACUAUUGUAAACAAAUAAAAUAUAUCUUAUCACAUAUAAUCCUUCUUCACCCAAAACUUUCUCAAAACACAAAAAAAUCAUUAUCAUACACAAUCACUUACAAAUGCAAAGUUAAACACAAACCACAAAUACAUACAAAAAUAAUAAUCUAGAUCAAAAAGAAAGUAUAUUCCGCACGCAUGGCGGGCCGACUUUAAAUAAAAUAAAAUAAGGAUUUAAGGAUAGACACGAAAUUAGGUAAAACCCUACAAAAACGUAUGUAUACUAUUGUUAAAUACACUCACGAUACAUACUAUUGUUAAAUACACUCACGAUACAUGGGCGUUAGAGAAGGAGAAAGGAAGAAAGAGAUAAUGGACAAGGAGGAAGCCUCUACAGCUAAUCCGAAUUCUAGUCGAAGGGUUCCGAGAGUUGCUAAUAGACUGCGAACGCGGUUAGGUAUGGCUCGACGAAACGUUGGGGAACGGAAAGCCGAAGCCUUAGCUCUAGGCAUGUCAUUCGCGGCUUUUGCCACUCUGGUUGUUGAGAAAAAGAAUGCUGCCGAUGAGAAUACAAAUGUGGCUGAUCUUGCAUUGAUUUAUGCUUCUGCUGUCAAAGAAUCUUUAGCCAAUGUAUACGGUACUAGGAUUGGUUCAUUUGGAGAGAGAUCAUUUAACAGUACCCUAAGGAUCCUUAAAGUGACCAAUGAUUCUGUCGAGAAAUUCAAGCUAGAGAUGGGCGUUUCUGAAGCUGCACUCAGAACCGAGAGAUUGGACGCCGACGACCAAACAUAUGAAACCGAACUGGAAGCCGAGAUGAGCACUGUUAUCAUGAAUUGGCUCGUCUCAAGUGUCAUCAACGCUCUGGCGUGGAUGUUAUAUGUUUCAAGUGCCUUCACACGAACAUGCAUGAAAGAAAACAUGUUGAUGUGCCGGCAUCCAUUUUGGUUGCAGAUCUAUUUCGCUAUCUUAAUGAUCCUCGUAGUCACCUACUUGAUAAUCCAUCGUUCACCAGGUACAAAACAUAGCACGCGAGCACCUUAUAGCCUUCUUUUACUCGGAGGUAUUUUUUACGGUUUAUUGGAUAUGUACUUGGGGGACGCAUUGGACAGUAUUGGCAAACUGUGGCUGUUUCUUUGGGCAACGCUUUGCCUUCUUCGAUACGUUGCAGAUACCAUCACUUUGGCUAUGUUUGGUCUAGUGUACGGUCCACGAUAUGUGACUCAAGAGACCAAAACACGCACUAUGGUUCCGUAUUGGGAACGGGCAAGUUCAUUACUUGUAGCGAUUCUGUUGGUUAUUCCUCUGAUUAACGGUUUCUUGCCAUUUGCAACGCUUGGUGAAUUGGGAGAUCAGUUUGGUGAAUGGUGGACAUCACACUUCUCAAUCCUCACGUCUGCAGUUAAUCUUUGAUUAUUUAUUUAUUUCUUUUACCAUUUGCAUUUGGGACUUUUUUUUAUCUUGUUAUGAAAUGAAAAAGCGUGUUAUACA